AACCAAACAAUGAUGAUGGAUGAUAACAAAGUUCAAAGGUUUUUUUUGGCUGGUUGUAUGGUAAUCGAAGCUAGGUCAGCUCAAACAAUUUGGAAAAGAUCAAAGACUUUUGCCAUCAUGACAAUUCUUGUUGGUACAUUGAUGAUACCAACAACCGAAUCAACACUAAUGCGUGGUAUAUUCGGUAUUGGUCGAACUAUUUAUCGUACCAGUAGAGAAUUACGUCGACAACAACAACAACAUCAACAAAUUCAAAGCCGUAUUAUGAAUAUUCAACAAUCAAGAUUACCAUCAUUACCUUCAUUACCAUCGAUAUCAUCAUUGACCAAUGCAGGAAAACGUAUAUUUCAACGUGGAAUAUUUGGACGUCUUUUUGGAUAAACAAAA